AUGGCACCCAGCGAGUGCCCCGUGCACAACAGCAAAAAGGCCAACAUUGGCGGCGGGGGCACCAGCAACCGCGACUGGUGGCCCGACGACCUGAAGCUCAACAUCCUCCGCCAGCACACCCAAGUCACCAACCCCCACGACAAAGAGUUCGACUAUGCCGCCGCCUUUGAAAGCCUCGACUACUUUGCCCUCAAGAAAGACCUCGAGGCCUUGAUGACCGACUCGCAGGACUGGUGGCCUGCCGACUUCGGACACUAUGGCGGUCUCUUCAUCCGCAUGGCCUGGCACAGCGCCGGCACAUACCGUGUCUAUGACGGUCGCGGCGGCGGUGGUCAAGGCCAGCAGCGCUUUGCACCACUGAACAGCUGGCCCGACAAUGUCAGUCUGGACAAGGCCCGUCGCCUGCUCUGGCCCAUCAAGCAAAAGUACGGCAGCAAGAUUUCAUGGUCCGACCUGCUUAUCCUCACCGGCAAUGUCGCGCUCGAGUCCAUGGGCUUCAAGACCUUUGGCUUCGCCGGUGGUCGUCCUGAUACUUGGGAGGCAGACGAGUCGGUCUUUUGGGGAGGCGAAAAGGAGUGGCUGGGUAAUGAUGCUCGCUAUGUCAAUGGCGAGCUGGACAACCCCCUUGCUGCUGCACACAUGGGUUUGAUCUAUGUCAACCCCGAGGGUCCUAACAAGAACCCUGACCCCGUCCUCGCUGCGAAAGAUAUCCGCGUUACAUUCGGUCGCAUGGCCAUGAACGACGAGGAGACUGUCGCUCUCAUCGCCGGUGGCCACACCUUUGGCAAGACUCACGGUGCCGCUCCAAACAGCCAUGUCGGUACGGAACCUCACGGCGCUGGCAUCGAGCAGCAGGGUCUCGGCUGGAAGAGCACCUUCAACACCGGCUCUGGUCCGCACACCACCACCAGCGGUCUCGAGGUCAUCUGGACCAAGUCGCCGACCAAGUGGAACAACGACUUUUUCACCUACCUCUUCAAGUACGAGUGGGAGCUGGAGAAGUCGCCCGCCGGUGCCAACCAGUGGGUCGCAAAGACCACCGACAAGUUCAUCCCGGAUGCUUUCGACCCCAACGUCAAGCACCCGCCCAGGAUGCUCACCACCGAUCUGUCGCUGCGCUACGACCCAGAGUAUGAGAAGAUCUCGCGCCGCUUCCUCGAGCACCCCGACCAGUUCGCCGAUGCCUUUGCCCGCGCCUGGUUCAAGCUCACCCACCGUGACAUGGGCCCGCGCAUCCUCUACCACGGCCCGGAAGUCCCCUCCGAGGUUUUGAUCUGGCAAGACCCGGUUCCCGAGCUCAACCAUCCCGUUGUCGACAACGACGACAUUGCCGCGCUGAAAAAGGCCAUCCUCGGCAGCGGUGUCGAGCCCACCAAGUUCGUACAAACUGCCUGGGCAUCUGCUUCGACCUUCCGUGGCGGCGACAAGCGUGGUGGUGCCAAUGGCGCCCGUAUUCGCCUGAACCCGCAGGCCACCUGGAAGGUCAACAACCAGCCCUGGCUUCAUGAAUCUCUGGCCGCUCUCGAAAAGAUCCAGAAGCAAUUCAACGAGGCCCAGUCGUCCGACAAGCGCGUCUCGAUUGCCGAUCUGAUCGUCCUCGCCGGCUCUGCUGCCAUUGAAAAGGCCGCCCGGGACGCAGGGCACGACGUCGUCGUCCCCUUUACACCUGGCCGCACCGACGCAUCUCAAGAGCAGACCGAUGUCGACUCUUUCAACAACAUGGAGCCAAUCGCCGACGGCUUCCGCAGCUACGGCCACUCGACGCCACGUGUCCGGGCAGAGGACUUCCUCGUUGACAAAGCGCAGCUGCUUACCCUGUCUGCUCCCGAGAUGAUUGUCCUCGUCGGUGGACUGCGUGCUCUCAACGCCAACUACGACGGCUCCCCUCUCGGCGUCCUCACCAGCCGACCCGGCCAGCUGACAAACGACUUUUUCGUGAACCUGCUCGACAUGAACACGGAGUGGAAGGCCACCGACACAAGCAACGAGCUCUUUAUCGGUUCCGACCGCAAGAGCGGCCAGCCAAGAUGGAAGGCGUCGCGCGUGGAUCUGAUUCUCGGAUCUCAUGCUGAGCUCCGUGCAGUUUCGGAGGUUUAUGGUUCCUCGGACGGCGAGGCGAAGCUUGUCAAUGACUUUAUCAGUGCGUGGGAGAAGGUUAUGAAUCUCGAUCGGUUUGAUCUGAAGCAGAAUGGCGGUCCUCGCAGUAAGCUGUGA